GACAAAAGGACAAAUUCAGUUAUGGUGAAAACCUUCAAUGGUGUGCAUCAUUGUAGCAAGAAGUGGCAAGUGAGGGCAUUUACUGCCAAGUACAUUGCUGACAAGUAUGUGGAGAAAAUAAGAGCUAAUGAGAAGAUAACCUUGAAGGGAUUGGCAGCACUUGUGCAAGAAGAUUGUAACAUGACAAUUAAAAGGGGGAAACUAGGGAGGGCCAGAGGACUAGCUUUCAAUAUUAUAUAUGGUGAUGAAAUAGCACAGUGCAACAAGUUGUGGGACUAUGCAAAUGAGCUAAGGAGAUCCAAUUCAGGAAGUACAUUUUAUUUAGACCUUGAUGAAGAUGGUAAGUUUGAGAAAUGCUACUUUUCCUUUGAUGCUUGCAAGAGGGGCUUCCUAUCAGCUUGUAGGCCUAUUCUUUUCCUCGAUGGUUGUCAUUUGAAGACACAAUACGGAGGCAUCCUACUUAGUGCAGUAGGAAUGGAUCCCAACGAUUGCAUAAUUCCUAUUGCACAUGCGGUGGUUCAGAGAGAAGAUACAAAGGCUUGGAAGUGGUUCUUGACAGCUUUAAAGAAAGAUCUUGGUAUUGUGAGAAGUGCUCUUUGGACUAUCAUGUCCGACAAGCAAAAAGGUCUAAUAAAGGCAGUGGGAGAAUUGUUCAAUGGUUCCCCACAUAGAUUUUGUGUCAGACAUCUUUGGCAGAAUUUCAACAAAAAUUUUAAAGGUGAGGCCCUCAAAAACCAACUCUCGAAAUGUGCUAGAAGUAGUACUGAAGGGAAAUUUAGACAGAAUAUGAAUGAAAUGUUGGUUCUAAACAAAGAGGCACAUGAUUGGCUAGAGGAGUUGGACCCUCCAACAUGGGUUAGGGCAUUUCAAAAUGAAUUUCCUAAGUGUGAUGUCUUGUUGAACAAUAACUGUGAGGUGUUCAACAAGUACAUAUUGGAUGCAAGAGAAAUGCCCAUAAUCAGCAUGUGCCAAAGGAUUAAAGGACAGUUGAUGGGAAGAAAUCAUAGCAAGCUACAAGAGGCCUUGAAGUGGCCCGGUACUAUAUGUCCAAAAAUAAGGAAGAAAUUGGACAAAAAUGUGGAAUUUGCUAGAACUUGCUAUGCUUCACCAGCUGGAUUGGGAAUUUUUAAUGUGAACGAUAGAGGCGUAGACUACGGGGUUGAUUACCAGUUGAGGAAGUGCAGCUGUAGGAGAUGGGAUUUGUCUGGCAUUCCAUGCAGCCAUGGAGUAGCUGCUCUUAGAUAUGACAACAUCAAUCCAGAGGAUUACGUCAACUCAUGCUAUUCUAUUGCAACAUAUUGCAAGGCAUAUGAAAACAUUAUUAUGCCAUGCAAAGAUAUUAGUGAGUGGAGUAAAGGAAGAAGGAGGAAGAACAGGAGAAAACAACCAGAAGAGAAACAGGGGAAAAAAGGAGUAAAAAUUACAAGGGCAGGAGCAAUAAUCCAUUGCGGUUAUUGUGGAGUUGCUGGCCAUAACAUUGGUGGGUGCAUGGACUUCAAGUUAGGGUUAAAACCAAAGAAAAAGUCUGAAAGGGUUAGAGUCAGGGCAGAGCCUGACGUUUCCUCCUCAGAUGAGGAAGAAGCACCUAUAACCCAGGAACAGAAUCAGCGGACAGAAGGUUUAAUUCAAGAGCCACUAUGUGUGUAUCAACCUGAGAUAAUUACUAUUUUAACACAGGAGAGAGAAGCAAGCCAGAGGGAAGAAAGCCAGAGGGAAGCAGUUCGUCAAGGUCCAUUACCAAAUUCCGUUUUCAUAGAGGAGCACAUCAUGUCUCAGCCACCGGUUGUCCCUACUACUGCAACGAAGGAGGGCAACGUUCACAGGAAAAGAGAGAUUCUAGCACUGGCAAAGUUAAGAGCUGCAGCUGAGAAAAGAGAAGUUGCAGACCAAGCAAAGUUUGAAGCAGCUAUGGCAAAGUUGAAAGGAGAAGAGGACAAAAUUAAGCUUGCCGCUCAAAAGAGAAAGGAAGAGUUGGAAGCUAAGAAACAAGCAACUGAGGAAAAGAAAAAAGUUAUACUAGAGGAGAAGAGACUUGCUGCAGAAGAAAAGAGAAGAGCUAUUGAGGAAAAAAAGAGAAAGGCCCAAGAGGAGAAACUUCAAAUGGCAGAGAAGAAAAGGCAAAUGAUGGAUGAGAGAAAAAGAAAUGCCGAUUUAGCAAAACAAAAAAAUGCCGAAGAGAAGAGAAGGAUUGCACAGGAGAAAAAAUGCUUGCAAAUACAUCACACCAGCAGGAGGAGGCAGCUUUUCUAAUACAUCAAGCAGAGGAGUUUGAGAGGCAGGAGGGUUGGAGAAUUUUUAAAGAGGCUGAGGAGGCUGCUAGGCAAAAAGCUUGGGAGCAGCAGAAUAAUCAGCAAGGCACAGCAAGGAAUGAAGAAUGGGAGCUGCGAAAGAGGAGAGCUGAAGAAACAAACAAGAAAGCCAUGGAGGACCAAAUGGUCGAUCAAGCAAUGAAGCAUGUCAUGCUGGAGGAACAAUUGCAAGAACGAGCUGCAGCAACUAGUUCAAGAGUUGAGGAGGCAAGGUUUAAUCCAUGCCCAGUUGAAGGAAACAAGACAAAGAAAAAAUCUGCACCUACCAAUCAGAACAUGACAUGUUUUAAGAAACCUAGAAAGGUUAACAUGUUCGAUGAAUUUAGGUGAAGGGAUGUCAAGUUGGAAAUGAUAUUCAUAUCUUUUUGUGUUUCUGCUUAUGAUCGGGUGCAGAACUUGUAGUGGCAAUGUUUUGCUUAUGAUCAUUGUGCUUAUCAUGGAGUGCAAGAGGUGUCUUUUCAUUAGGAAACUACUAUUGCAGACCUUAA